ACAAACAUUUCGCGUUAUUCUCUCUCGCAGUGAGCAUGUGGAUAUUGGUGUUGUUACUCGCCCCGGCGUGGGCCGAGGAUGUCAUAGUGACUACUGGCAAAGGAACUGUGGUUGGACAGACUACUAGCGAUGGAUAUAAGACCUUCUUCGGUGUGCCUUACGCUAAGGUGGACGAGGGGAAUCCCUUUGGUAACUCACUAAACCAGCCGGCUUUUAAGAAACCAUUUAUAGCCAAUGACUCUACUAUUUUAUGCCCCCAAGCGACAGUUUUUGUGGGCGGAAUACUCCAAUGUUUGACACUCAACAUUUACGUGCCAAACCAAGCCGGUCCUAGUAAUACGAAGGCGGUAUUCGUAUGGUUCUACGGAGGUGGCUUCUUCUUCGGAUAUGCCGGCCAAUAUGGCGGUCAAUAUUUAGUCCAACAAGAUAUAGUAGUCAUCACAGUCAACUAUAGACUAGGCCCGUAUGGUUUCCUUUGUUUAAACGAUCCCAAAGUACCAGGUAACCAGGGACUGAAGGAUCAAAUCGCUGCUUUGAGGUGGAUCAAGGCAAAUAUCGGCGCGUUUGGUGGAGACCCGACGAAAAUCACGAUUGCUGGAGAAAGCUAUGGCGGAGGAUCCGUUGAUUUUCAUCUGUACUCUAUGUACGAAAAGUUAUUUGACAAGACUAUAGUCCAAAGCGGGUCGAUUUUCACUCCUUACGUAUUCGGUAAGGGUGAUCCUAACGCAGCUAUAGAACUUGCUGGAAAAAUGGGACAUGAGAGUAUGAACAAUGACGAUGCAAUCAAAUAUUUAGCAAGAGCCGACCCUGUAGAAGUUAUGAAAUUCGCACGCAAUUUGACUAACAUCUUACGACCAUGUAAAGAGAAACCCUUCAAAGGUGUUUCAAGUUUCAUGACAACAGAUCCCUAUCAUUUCCAAAAUUCAGCUAAAAUUAGAAAUGCUAAAAUACUUAUUGGUUACAACAGUAAAGAGACCUUUGAUACAUUCGUUGAUAAAGAUGAUGCUUUCUAUAAUGGAUUACAAAAUGCAUUCAGCGAGAGACUGGGCCAGAUAUUUACUAUUAAAAAGGAAGAAUUGGAAACUCUCGCUAAGAUCGUCCGUGACUUUUAUUUAGGAGGGAAGCCGAUAGCAAAGGAAUCAAGGCUCGAACUGAGCGACUUCUUGUCCGAUUUCAUGGUGAACCACGCAGCGGAGCGUUCGGUUAACAAUUACGUGAAAUUUGGAGCAGAAAAAGUUUAUAAAUACAUAUUUUCCUAUAUUGGAGGAAGUCCAUACAAGUCUUUGUCUGGAGUAGGAGCAUUUCAUACCGAAGAACUACAAUACCUUUUCCAAAUGACACAAAAUCUCACUUCUGAUGAACAGAUCAUGAUGCGCAACAGGAUGACAGAAAUGUGGGCUAAUUUCGCUAAGUAUGGGGACCCUACACCGCAAGUGACAAGCCUGCUGCCAGUGAGAUGGACGCCGGUGACAAAUACCGAAGCCAGACCGUAUAUGAACAUAGACGUGAACAUGGAAGUGAAGAAUUAUGUCAACCAGCAGAGGAUGGCCUUCUGGGAUCUCAUUUGGAACCAAUAUUGGAAGACUUCUCCGGCUAUUUAAACCAAAUAGAAUUAUACAUAGUUUGCAUAAUCAUUUCUUAUGUUUACACGAAUUAAAAUUUUUUAUCGGAUUGUUUGUCCAGCGACAAUGCAGGCUGCGAAGUCUCCGCACCGUGGAGAGUAGAAUUAAACAUAAAAAACGCGAAAUAAAGUUAAAUAAUUUUAUUCCCAAUAUUAUUUCUACCUAUUGCUGUUCACUUCUAAAUGUAGGCCUUCUCAUCUGAUCGCCAACCAUCUCGGUCAUAAGAAGCCAUCUAUCAACUUCCUGCCGCUUUUUUCAAGUCCCCAGUCCUUUGUGCAGGAAAUAUAUUUACGGAAAAAGCAA